GUGUCGGGGCAGCGCGGCUCCCGCGGUCGGCGUGGCGGCGGUGUGUUUUCCCCCUCCCGCUGGGUGAAGGGCCGCGCAGCCGCCCGUGCGCCGCGGUGCCCCGACCUGUGGCUCUCGGCUCCCCCGGCUCGGCGUGCGGAGCUGCCUCGGCUCCCCGGCGCCGUUCCGGAGCUGAGAGCCGCUGCCCGCCGGGUUUCUCCCCGCAGGUAAACGCGCCUCUGCGGGGCUGCGCUGCUCGCCCGUCCCGCCUUGCUCGGGAAGCCGAAGCGUGAGCGUUAAAAGGGAAAUAAAACUGGAAGGGGACGGGCGGAGGGGGAGGCUGACGGACCCGCGUGUCCGCGCCUUUGUGCUGCGCUGCGAGGCCGGGGAUGCGGCCGCCUGCACGGCCGGCCUCGGCUCUUAGCGCCGAGCUGAUUGCAGUGGAUUCUCAGCCUUACGCGGGUGUGAUUUCAUUGAUGCUUCCGGAGAAGCGGCGCUGCUUCUGCCUCGGCGUGAGUUACGUCUGUGGCUCGGUUGGUGAGGCAGCUACCAAGGUAGAUAGCGGCCACGGGAUGUGCCUGUGGUUGGAGCUGAGCGGGCCGAAUUCACAAAGAGGAGAUAUCUGCCGAUUUGCUUUAAAAAGAAUAAUCAUCAGCCUGACUGUCGAGCCGUUUCUUUCUCUUCAGACCUACGUGGAUGUCGCUGAAACGCAGCGCCCAUCUGUCUUGACCUGCUUGUGGUGUUUUUUCCUGUCGGAAGCACGGAGCCGCAGCAGAUCGCUUUGGUUCAUGAACCACCCAGCUCCAGCCAACAGCCGCUACAAGCCCACUUGCUACGAACAUGCUGCUAACUGUUACACACACGCUUUCCUCAUUGUUCCUGCAAUUGUGGGCAGUGCCCUUCUCCACCGACUUUCUGACGAUCGAUGGGAAAAAAUAACAGCAUGGAUCUAUGGCAUGGGGCUCUGUGCACUCUUCAUUGUCUCCACAGUGUUUCAUAUCGUUUCUUGGAAAAAGAGUCACUUAAGGACAAUGGAGCAUUGCUUUCACAUGUGUGACAGAAUGAUGAUCUACGUCUUCAUUGCAGCAUCGUAUGCACCGUGGUUAAAUCUUCGUGAGCUUGGACCUCUAGCAUCUCACAUGCGUUGGUUUAUCUGGCUGAUGGCUGCUGGAGGCACUGUUUAUGUAUUUCUCUACCAUGAAAAGUAUAAGAUUGUUGAACUCUUCUUCUAUUUGGCCAUGGGAUUUUCUCCUGCUCUGGUAGUGACAUCCAUGAGCAACACCGAAGGACUGGAGGAGGUUGCCUGGGGAGGUCUGAUCUAUUGCCUUGGCGUGGUGUUCUUCAAGAGUGAUGGAGUCAUUCCUUUUGCCCAUGCCAUCUGGCACGUGUUCGUGGCCACAGCAGCUGCAGUUCAUUACUAUGCUAUUUGGAAGUACCUUUACAGAAGUCCUGCAGACAUCAUUCGUCACUUAUGAUAUACGUGUAUAUAUCGGGGUGGGGGGAGAGCUGCACUUGGCCUCUGGAACAGUAUUAUUUGACUUAAGGAAUUCGGGGAAAUCGCACAGAAAAACUGCACUGACUUUGGUAGUUCUCUGAACACAAUUACUGUGAACUGAUGUGUGCAUGUCCUGGAAUUGCCCUUCAGAUGGCAAGUGCUGUAACUAACAGGGGUACUGUGCUGCAGUACUCAGAGUCCAUUCCAUGUUAGCAGAACUGGCUACCUGAUGUUUACAAAGAAAUUUUGUAUUCUAGUUUAACUUUGUGAUUUUUUAACAACGUGAAUUUUUCUAAAUUAACGGUUCCAAUGAAGUCAGUGCAAUAGUGAAAAUAGAACUCUUGAUUUGAAAUCGGUGUCACCUUUCCACUAGCAUUUAUUGAACAUAAUCACAGUUGAACGAUCUACUUUUACCACCUAUCAUCUUGAGAUGAUGUGACUUUUAUAGAAUCUUUCUGGGGCUUUUGUAAACUUCAGAACUGAAAACAUUUGUUGAACUGAAAACAAACAGCUGUCAUCUAUGCAGUUACUCAUAUUGCAAAACCUUGCAAGAAAUGGUUACAUUCCAUAUACUGUACUGACAGGCAAACAUUGUACCUCUUCCAAGGGUUGGAGCAUAGGUGUAAUUAUAACCACUUUUGCAAGCUAACACAUAAAUGCUCUUCUGCUGAGUUUUAAUGUGAUAUUGUUAUGCUUAUCGAUAAUACCACUUAAACAGCACCUUAAUUUGGCUUUAUCUGUGAUGGAAAUGAAGUGUGUUGGAAGAAAUUGCCAUUAACUAGUUCUUCAGGAUUGCCAGUCUGCCUCGGUGCUGUGCAAUAAAUGGGGCAGCAGUGUGAGGAAGCCAGCUUAUCAGACCGCAGCAGCGUUAAUGAGGGCAGUCAACUAAUAUGCCUCCAUGCAAAACAAAGUUGGUAAUUUCCCCAGAGUAUGUAUAUUGGUGCUGUAAUAUUAAGGCUUCAGUUUUUCAAAGGGAUUCUAAAUUGGCUGACAAAACCAGUUCCCAGCAGCUUUCCCUGGGGCUGUGGCUGAUGUGUGAGGAAAUCCAGGUCAGAGCAGCUGACAGCAGUGAGCGAGCAUGGAGAGUCCAUGGCUGUUGGUUCUCCUCAGCAGCCUUCUAGGAAGGAAAGGUGAAAGAACUUGAUACAGUGUCACUUGUCAUUCUGGGACUGAAAACACAGGAUAAAACUGGUCUUUACUUGUAUUUCUGUCCUUCUGUACAGGAAAAUAAAAUGUGGUAGCAAGUCACGAUUGUAGAAUGUGCAUUAAAUGACCAGAUGUAGAAGAGUCAUUGUAAUACUGUUUAUCUGAUAAUUGUUCUCUGUCCCACUGUAUAAUGAAUGUCUUAUAUUAAGAUUGACUUUAUCCUUUUUCUAAUUUACUCAGUUUUUUCAUGUCAGUAUUUGAAAACAAAACCAAAACGUGUUGCCUUUUUCAGAUUUCGUUCUGAAUAUUGCCUAUCUAUCUUCCACUGAUGAGUAGCAAGGUAGGGGCGUUUUUCAAGGUACCACUUAAUACUGCAGCUAGAUUUGCCAGGGGGUUGCAUAUUUUAAGUUACAUACUUCUGUAAACAGAAUUUACAGGAGGGACAAACUUCAGCUUCAAGGCACUGAAGAGGAGUUGUACAGUGUUAGCAGGUGAGUGGAGCAGCACUGCAGCAGGCUGAGCAGCUGCCCCAUGGUAUGAGCAGAGCCACUGGGCAAGUAAUCUGUAGUACAGCAGUCUCACACAUUUGGAUGCCUCAGUUUUUUAACAUUGUGUCUAUUUUAGGAUUUUUCCACUUGGUGAUUUCAUAUCUUUUGUUUAAAUGCAGUACUGUUAAAACCACUAAAACACAUGUAAAGGUUUCCUGUAGUCAAAAGUUAAACUAUGGCUUGAAUAUCUUUGAUUUAAUUUAAAGUUAAUUUUUCAUGGCAUUGCUUUUUGGAGUGUUUGAAAUGGUUUUUAAAGAUUUCAAUUCGCCAAAAAUAUUUUGAAUUACUGUAUUCUGGUCAAUAUGAUAUUGAAUGUACUAAACUAACAAUAAACAUUUUGUGCAAUUUGGAAA